AAAUGACAGACGGCGGGGUCUAUCUUUCAAUGGUUCACGAAACAAUUUAUAUUAAUUAAAUGACUAGUUAAGGAUAUUGUUUCCGUUUUUAUCGUAAACUAAGCGAAAAUGUGGUUCAAGGACUGUGUUUGAAACAUAAGGCUUGUUAAAAAUGCGGUUAACGCAAUUGAAAAUGGAUAUUCCGUAUUCGUUCGGAGCCAUUUUUAUUGUAUUUAUUUUAUGCGUUCAUUGUGUAAAUGCAGCAAAUGACAACGAAAUAAAGGAAAUUUAUGUUCCGUCCGCACCACAAAAUCUCACAGCCAACUUCGUGACAGCUACCGAAAUACAUUUAUCCUGGGCCCCGCCGCUAACCUUCACUCUCCACCCCAUCCCUUCACCUGAGAAGAUACUGACCACCAAACCAGACCAAGAAUUCGCCGUCCUACCAAAGAAAACAAUUGAACAUCAAUCAGACGCGCCUGUCAAUGAUGCAAACGGUCCACUAGUGCUGCCAGAAAACCCUGACAAGCUUAAAGACCUGGAGUACGCUACAUACAACUGGUACAAAAAUGACAAGAAGUACAGCGACGAAUACUCCACUUCGGAUAUGAUGAUGGACUCUUAUAGAAGUAAGAGGGAAUCUCGUUCCCACAGGCAUAGGAAAAGAAGGCAGGACAACAGCACUGACGCGAGGAGCUUACACAUGGAGAACGGUGAUGUGGAAACACAUCAGGCUUUCGAAAUGGGCAAUUCUAUAGAGGUAGUGAAAAAGUCCUUCAAUCCGAUUCGAGCGCACAAAGAUACCACGCAGAUUGCGUACGUGCUAUACUUUGAGCAAGGAGUGCCAAGGUUCGAUAUGACGCCAGUACAGGGAGCGCAGAACUCCUCAGAGGUCAAGAAUAAGAAUGUGUUCUCGAGCGAUUUGGGAAUGGAGGAGUAUUCCAGGUCUACUAAGAACCUGACUUUGCUGAACACUUCGGGCAAGGUCACGAAAGUGGUCGGAUUUCGACUAAAGAAUUUGAAGCCGUUCACACCGUACAAGAUAUGGGUGCGUGCGUUCUACAACUUCUCCUUAGAAGGUGUGUCUUCAUCCGAUCUCCUCGAAAGGCUGAGUAACAAGUCUGAGCCUGUCUACGUGCUCACAGACGUGAUGCCCCCUUCUCCGCCCAAGAUCCUCAACUUGACGUGCGACAUUACCAAACGUACACUUUACCUCCAAUGGCGACAGCCGGUUGAUUACAACAACUCUUUAGACCAGUACGUGGUGACAAUAAGGAAGAUACCUGAGCAGCAACCACGCACUCGUCUCACACUGCCCACUAAUAGGAACGAUAUUGAAACAACAAUCAGCGUGGAAACUGAAUUGAUGAACGACACACAAUACGAGGUCAAGAUUUACGCUGUGACGCAAUCGGUGGCACGCCCCAAUAUUCUCAUAAAUGGUUCAGAAUCUCCACCAGAGAAACUGUUAAGCGAUUGGUGCGCUGCCCACUCGGAAGCGAUGUCGCCGAGUGAUGAUGUUACAGCAACAGCUGGAAUUCACACUGCGGCGCUCUUAGCAACGGCCACUAUAGCGCUCCUACUUACUGUUAUAGUCAUCAUACUUUAUUGGAGGUGCCGUUCUCGUCUUAGCAAAUGCGUGAGUGCCGUUUACAACUACUUGGAAGAAGGUGGUGAAAGGGCUGCCCGGGCUCCUCUCAACUCGUACAAGAAACCAGUGGUGAAUUGCUCGCCGUUGCGGUCGUGCACCUCUGGGGGCGCCGGCGGUGGUGGGGAUGGGCCGGAGGGGGCCUGCUCGCCGGCGGCGCGGCCCCCGCGCAUGUGCGGGCCGCACCAGCCCUGCGUGCGCGCACCGCUAUACCCCGCGCACGUGGCCGCGCUCCACGCCGACGGGGACAUCGGAUUCAGUAAAGAAUAUGAGAUAGUGGUGGCAAGGUCAGCGGCAUUAGGACACACGAGUCAUCACAGUACUCGGCCAGAGAAUAGACUGAAAAAUCGUUACCUGAACAUCACAGCAUACGACCAUUCCCGUGUCUGCGUCUCCGCCGGCGGUCGUUGCGGAGCCGCGGGUUGCGUGGGUGCGGGCGCUAGUCGAGGAUCCUCCUGCGACUACGUCAACGCCAAUUUCAUCGACGGCAUGCUGCCAUCGCUCGACGCCGCCGCCAUACGCCGCGUGCGCCGCAAGCUUGAGCGCUGCAAGCGGCCGCAGCGACAACCUUCCAUGAAACCCGCCAAGCCUCCGCCCAAUCUAGCGGAAGGCAUAGAAUCUGCCUUCCUGAACAUAGAAUUCUCCGGCAUCGUGGAAUCAGACGAACAAAACGAAGACUCGGACAGCGACCACAGCGACGAUGACUGCGAGUUGGACGACGUUUAUGUCGAUAUAGAUGGCGUGUCGACAAGGGUGAAAUUGGAAUGGCUGGUUUGGCGACGACGGUAUAUAGCAACCCAGGGCCCAACCCCGGCUACUUUGGACGCGUUCUGGCGCAUGAUCUGGCAGCAUCGAGUACACACUAUCGUCAUGAUCACUAAUCUCGUCGAAAGGGGCAGGCGUAAAUGCGACAUGUAUUGGCCUGGCGGCGGGCGCGGUAGUAGCGCUCAACACGGCGGGAUCCAGGUUCGAUUACUGCACGAAGACGUACGGGCUGCGUAUACUGUACGGCAUAUGCGUGUACGGCAUAUGAGGCUCAACGACAGCGAUAAGGGUAGCGAAUCGAGUAGCGAAUCACAGGACGUAGACAAAGACGGGUGGCGCCCUAUAGCUCAGUACCAUUACACCGUGUGGCCGGAUCACGGCACGCCGCGGCAUCCUUUGGCGGUGUUGCCCUUUGUGAGGGCAGCCUCCGCCGAUCCGGGCACGGUGCUGGUGCAUUGCAGCGCCGGCGUGGGCAGGACAGGAACCUACAUAGUAUUAGACGCACAAUUGAAUCAACUCAAACUUACGGGUACAUUAUCACCACUCGGCUUCUUAUGUAGGGCGAGAACGCAACGUAACCAUCUCGUGCAAACCGAAGAACAAUACGUAUUCGUACACGACGCGUUAUUAGAGCACGUACGGUCUGGCAACACAGAAGUCGAGUUUACGAAAGCCAGAGAAUAUUUAGUGAAACUUUUAGAACCAAUAACCGAAGACGAACUAGCCGUUUUGGACUUGAACGCUAAUAAACAUAAAAGCGUUAACGAUCUAACGAACGGCAUCGAAAAUGGAGAAACUUCGAGUAUUAAAUCUAAUAUGGCCGAAUGCAGUGAGAAGGAAGAAGUUAUGGAGAACGGUAGUCAAGUGUCGAUAAAGACUUGUGAUUUGAACAGUGAACAGAGCAAGUCGCAGUGUUCUGUCAGAGAUGUGACAGAUGAUUCUGACACUAAGGAGGUUUUAGUCAAUGGUGAGGAGACGGAAGGUGUUUAUGACCUCGCGCCAAGGUCUACCGAUACGUACAGUAAAAAGAUGAUGGCGUACAAUAAUAUGAAUGAGCAGGAGAAGGAAGAAAUGAGAAGAGUAAAUCGAGCCGAAAAUUAUGCUUUGCUAGAACGAAUGCGUUCGUUAGCGAACAGACAUCACACAUAUCAAGGACCGCCGCCAGUGAAUCUUCUCGAGAAACAGUUUCUGUUAAUAACGCGGUCAUGCGUUGAGCCGAGUGUUUGCGCUCGCGCACCGCACAACACGGAGAAGAAUCGGCCCGGGGGCAUCUUGCCUUCGGACUCUGCUAGAGUAAUGCUGGUGCCCAAACCAGGCGUGGAAGGCAGUGAAUACGUGAACGCCUCAUGGGUCUGCGGUCGUCGACGGAUGCGAGAGUAUGCAGUAGCUCAGCAUCCGAGGCCUUCGUCCGCGCCAGAUCUGUGGAGAUUAUUAUGGGAUCAUACGGCACAGUUAGUGCUAACACUGAGCGACACCGACGACCCGGAAUGCGAAAUAUUCUGGCCGACGGAAGAGGAGAAGGAGCUGUCCGUGGCCAACUUCAGGGCGAGUUUCGUUUCCAAAGACACGUACGUCGCUUACCGGAAAGUGGAUCGACAGUCUCCGGCUGAAUCGCCGGUAGAACCGGAAACGAACGGAUACCGGCGGCAAGAGAGUAGCGAUUGUGCCGACGACGAGAGACUUAUACCAGAAAAUGGUUCACCUAUUAUAGAAAACGAACCAGCUUACAGAUUCGACAGAACAGAACUCCGCCUUGAAAGACUCAGCACCGGCAACAGAGAUUUAUCAGCAAGGAAGUCGAUAGCAAACGGAGAUCUCUUCUCUUCCUUAUCAGAAAGCAAGAAGAAUGGUCCCAAAUCACCGCGAAGUCCUUCCAAAAUGUCCCUCAAAAAUUUCAAGCUUAGUUCUCCAACGAAAUUUAAAUUCCCCGAUUGGGGUUCCAGAGCUGCGGGGUCUCCACCAGAUGUAGCCCCUCCCCCUCCCCCAGUGGCGCCAUCUUUGACCGUAGAAGAGGAAGCCGAAUUACGAAGACCCUGUUACUACUUUGAGAAAACCAAUUCUGUCCCAGAGAACAUACCCACAGAUCGUAUUAUAGAAGUGACGAACGUCAGUGUGCAUUCUUUGCAAGAUGACUAUCAACUUAGUGUGAAAUUUAUCAAGUGUAGUGGGUGGUUGGAUGGUGACACUACGGAUUAUACUGCUGGUAAUCCGGAUACGAAUGAUUUUAUAAGGGCAGUGAAGGAAGCGCAGACUGAUAGUGGGAGAGAAGCAGCUAUAGACAGGUUGAUAGAACCGUAUAGAGAUUCGUUCGCGUUGAUAGAGUUCGUCGCUGGAUGCCAAAUGGAGUACAAGAAUGGACCAGUGGUCGUCGUUGAUAAAUACGGGGGUUGGAAAGCGAUGAGCUUCUGCACUCUAUCAGCGGCAUGCGGGGGCCUUCGCGACCCGACCGCUCACGACCCGUACUCGGAAUUCCGACCCGCCUCCGACGACUCCGCGUCCCUAUACACUUGCGCCGCGCUGGCCGCCCACGCGCGAUGCGACUCCGGCAACCCGCCCCACAGUCACGCCGCCCUGCUCGCCGCCUACUGCGCCAUCGCCGCCCGCCCACCGCUCCUGGCGCGGCACAGGUAUUCAAGUGCAUCGCAUCAAGUGUCACGGUAAUACAGUAGCUAUAAGUAAACAUUAAAUUGGAUCAGUGUAAUAAUAUCUUUUUGAAAUUUCGGUUGUGUGCGUUCCCGAUGAUGUAGUUUUGUUACCGUCAGGCUGUUAAAGUCGAGGUAAUAUUGUCCUAUUUCGACUAAACCUGCAUCGUACGACUAUAUAGGUUGAGAUUCGAGCGUAACAAAUGGUAAGUACUGGCCGUUAUCACAUAUUAAUUGUCUAUACAGGAUGGUUAAGUAAGUCCCUAAGUUCGAGUGACUUGAAAGGUUUGGUGUCGUAUUUCUGUUGUGACGUAAACGUUGCGUAACAAAAGACUGUCUCGUUAGCCGUUUAGUCCACUGUAACCAAUAUUAAAUAUUAUAGCGACAUCGCAAAAUGAUACCUGACUAAAAUUUUUGACCUACGUUAUUUCGUGAUUCAUUCGUCAUACCAAAACACUACAGUGGAUGUUAAAGCGCGUAGAUUGGAAUAAGACAAUUAAAUACCGGCCAAAGUGACAUUACAUUGUAUCGUUUGACGUUUUAAUGACAGUCGUGUGACGUCACAUACUACUAGUGAGAGGCCAUUAUAUACAGAGAAACGUUUUCUCGGCAGCUAAAAAAUUUAAUUUGUUUUUUUUUUUUUCUAAAUUACUCAACAGAAUUAAAAAUAUCCAGUUUCUAUGGGCUUCAUGAACUUACAUAAAUAAUGUGAGAUCGUUUUCUAAACUUGUCAAAUACUUUAUUGAUGUUUCUGGUCAGGUUUUGUCUGCUCAGUGCAGUGGUCACAAGAAAAGGGUGCAUAAUGCUAUUUUUUUGCUGAGCUAUGACAAGUCAGAUUUAUUUAACCACCCUGCAUGGCAUUAUGUUUCAAGCACGCGUGCGUCCCAAGCUUUGUUUAUAUACAUAGAACUUGAUGUUCGACAUGUAACGCUUGUAUAAUACAAUAUUAUAUAGCAUUUAUUAUUUCAUAGACUUGUUUCAUAUUAUUAUAAAUGUAAUUACUUUAAUUAAUCUCUGAAGCAACUGUAAUGCUCAAAUGUAUUGAAAAUAAAAUUAAAAUAACAAUAAUUUUAGCUGAAAAAAAUAUAUAAAUUAUUUUGUUAUUUAAGGCUUCGUCUCUUAUGAAAUAAGAUGUGGUUGUGUGCAUUAUGAAUAUUUACGGUUAUAUUUACGGGAUUAUAAUGGCAGAUGUGGAUUUUUCUAGCAUUUUUUUCGAAGGUAGAUAUUCAUUGAAAGACGGUGUUCAGGAAUGACGGGCGCCAGGCGGCAGCACUGAGCCGAAACUUAUACUCAUCUGUCUAAUCGCGUAUUUCGUCAUAGUCUAUGGAUAAAUUAAAACGCUCGUUCGAUUAAUUCGCGCCAAAACCUUCAUACAAAACACUUCACGCUACAGUGACACCAACUGGUGACCUGAAUUUUCGUAAACACCCUCAUUAGUUGCUUCUUCAUGCUGAUUGUUAGCAAUGAAGGUAGGAACUAUACCUAUCAUCUCACUGAAUUUUCAUUAGGAAAAAUAUAUAGCAAAAAUUUUAACGAACCGUUUGGGUUCGUCAAAGAUUUAAUUGGGAUGAGUGUUUCAUCAUUAUUUAAUAUGUUAGUUAAAACAUCUGGCCUACACAUUUUAUUCAUAUUUCGUAACCAAAGAGGCCAGUGACUGUCUCUAUCUAUGUGAGCGAAGUUCAUUGUAACCCCUCGUUUACACAAAGAGACAUUUUUUAAUUAAACUAUUAGCCAUGAUAUUAGGCUGAAUGUGAUAUAAAAAACACACGCAUUCGUAGUUUGAACUUAAUUUCCCGCGUUUCCCAUACAAUUUUAAGCCGAUCGUGUUUUGUUUUCGGGAUUACGGAAAAGUUUUGCAAAAUGCUUCUUUAUUGCCUAUAGCUAUUUUGUUUAAUUUCAAUUGUUCCUAUGAGUGAAUACCAAGUAACGUAUGCAACUGUACAUAACGUAGGUAUUAAAAAAAAACACGUGUCAACCUAUUAUUAGGUGUGAACAAAAAAUUAAGAGACAGCAUAAAAUAAGUUGAAUUUAUAUUUUAUACCUUGGUGUAAACGAGGAGUUACUCGCUUGCCAAUAGGGUUAACAAAGUAUUUGUUAAAAGGUGAGAAUUUGUAAGUUCUUACAGCAUGGUACCGUCUCAAGUCUUCAAAUAAAUUAUAUUAGUGUAGCGUAAUGCCAUUAUACUAUAGCUGAAGUUCAUCUGUAAUAGAAUCCAGUGCAAUAGUGCGCGUUUGGAAUAAACACGCAAGAAAUAGAUUAUAUUUUUAUUAAUAUUUUUUUUUCAUUGCCGAGUUGUCUGUGGUACGAUUAUGUAUAGAUAUUAAGUCGGCUCGCGACGACUAUUUCUUUGUAAUUUAAAUAUACAUGGAUGUAGGUAUGAAGUGUCGUGCCAUCGAAAAGAUGGUUAGAUGCCUAUGAAGAUGUUCAAAAAUACAAUUUUACCACUUUUAGACUAAAACUGAGUCUUAAAAUGUGAAGCGUAAACGUUAUCUUUGAAUGUCCAAAGGCGGUAUUUGUAAUUCCUAUUAAAUCAAGUUUAUGGUCCAGUAUUUUUUAUUGUAAUGAUGUAAUUUAGUGUAUUGUAAUUAUUAUGUAAAUGUGAAGACUGCUUAUUAGUGGUUUGUCAAUUAAGAAAAGUUUGGUUAUGUUUGUAAAGGUAAUGGUAUAAUUCUUGACAGAUCUUAUAUACUUCGAGUGUUUUAAUUCGUAUAACAUAUCUAUUGUGUUUUUGUAAUUAAACCGAUUCCAUGUUAAACAAUCGCGUUUAGUUAUAAACAAGAGUUAUACCAUUCUAGUAAUUUGGCAACUGACUUUUGUCCUUAUACGAUAUUAAUUUGAAACAAGUGCUUUAAUGUAACAAUAGAACACAUAUUUUCUCAGUUAUCGUUCACAAUGUUAGUAUAAAAGAUAGUUGUCAAAAUGUCAACGACCAGAGUGUUGAUUAAGACUCGAAACAGAAUUAAAAAAAAGAAGUCGAUUUGGUUGUGACCAGCAUUAUGUAAUAAUUAUAUAAAAUACGAACAUAAAUAAAAAAACGGUUACUUCAGAUGGUUUAUAUAUCUCUGUAUGAACAUUUUUUUGAGUUUUAAUCAACUAAAUAGAGAGUUAUAGAGGAAUUUAGGAGCGGAAGAUCACGGCGACGUGUGAGGUUUGCGUUAGAGUUCAGUGCCAUUAAAGUCUUAACGUAAUGUUACAUUUACAGUUAGAUUUAAAUUUGAAUAACUUCAUGUAGAAUAGUUAUUUUACCAUUAAUUGAUGUAGCCAAUUUUUUCUUUACUAAUAAUUAUUAACGUGAUAACUUUGCUUUCGGUAUUUUCUUAGAUAGCGUAACAUGAUGAUAUAAGGUUGGAAUUCCAACAACAGAACUUUUGUUAAUUUAUACAGUGUCAUUGAAAUUUCGACCUUAGUAUAUUUUGAAACUAUUUCGGUUUUGCCUACUUUAUAGGUAUAGGUAACAAGGACGUAUACUGCCUUAACUGAUUUUUUUAGUUUCAUUGUAUGAUUUUCAAUAGUUAAAUAUUUUAUACGUAAAAUCUGCGUGUACGCAAACUCACCGCCGCCGCACGCCGUUAACCAAAGAUGCGAUGUAAAUUGUGGUCGUAGUGUGCUGGAGUCGGGUGUCACAGCCUAUAUAAUAUUAUACUAUAUUAUUAGCUUUAAGGAAAUCCUAUGUAACUUUCAAUGUAUGCAUUCAAAACUUUUCCCUUCCCUGUCUGUCGGCAUUUAAGACGGCGUCUUCGGCUGCUAGUUUCGUUUUCUGAGAAUCAUAACAUCCUACCCCGAAAAGGAUAACAAGUAUCCUUUGUGUCAAACCAGGGCCCUAUUUCACCAAGUCUACAUGCAUUUUGAAAAUGACAGGCAUUUUGUUACAGUCGUUAAUUGUCCGUUUCUUACUUCGACGACAAUUUGUGUUGUGAAAUAUUUUUUUAAGCCGUCAUAAUGAGGAUCAUUACUAGGUCAGCAAAAAAACUCAUAAUCAACAGUAUAAUGAUCUAGUUAGCUUUUAAAUUAAUAUACUUUUUAAAUCAUCGAAAUCGGUUCAUUCGUUACGAUUUUAUAACUAAUUUUAUGGUAGCUUAUAUUUACAGGCAGCUGAAACGUGUGACGUCACAGAGCCCGAUCGUGGUUCACUCCGGGCGAACUUCAGUAGCGUCUCUACGCACGCUCGCGCCCGAGCGCUAGUGCUCUGUGGCGUCACAGCCACCACGCGGCCAGUCGAAAAUUCUUUUAGUAAUUUGGUCAUAGCUUCGUCAAUAUUUGUCGUAUAAGAAAAAAAUAACCACUGUAUGUUAAGGAAUAUAAAUCUGAAUUCUCAACUUAAAUCGUUACGGAUCCUCAUUGUCAAAUUGUCAGCAAUUCUUGACAUAAAAUCGGGGCUAAACAUUUUUAUAAUACAUUUUGCGUUCAAAGAAAAAUUAGAUAUUAUAGAUCACCCAACAACAAGGCUUGGUGAAAUAGGGCACAGGGCAUUAAGGAUAUACGUACCAAACUUCAUCCAAGUCCGUCCAGUAGUUUUUGCGUGACUGACAUCAUUCGCAUUUAUAAUAUUACUACCAUGUUAUAUUAUCACGAGAACCCAGUGCGGGUAGAUGGGUAAGAUAUUGUUUUUGGAUGGAAUAGGGAGAUUGGACCUAAACCCGCCAUGCGGCCAUUGUGUGGAUUGGUGGGUGGCAUAUUUUUGACGUGAUAACGUCUUAUAAAUCUAUGAACACCGGUUGCAUGCACGAAGUCAUUGAUCUUGUUGGUGGGUUGAUAUGAAUUGUUACGUCACACACGAGCGUUCAAAAAUAGGGAGUGUUAAAAAUGCCCGUGUAAGGUGGCAAUUAUUCUUUCGACGUUGUUUUUUAUACUGUAUAAAGGGGAUGUAAAUUACUAAAUUAAAAUCUAAAAAAAUAAUGCAUAUUCUCUAUUGGAGUUGCAAAGUGGAUAUUGAAAGCCUAUCAGCAGAAAGGUUAUAUUGAAGCCAUGAACUGGUAAUCUGUCACUAAUUGUUUCCAGACAUCUUAGACCCAACUGAUGACAAAAGUCGCUUCGUUGUGUUGUGGAUUCGGGAGUGACGCUUAUACACUUCUCUAUACCUUGAUGAUUUACCAGUCCCGCCAAGGAUUUUUAAAAUAUAAUUUUACUUAUAUAUAUAUAUUAUCCCUGAUUUCAUAAAAAUUGCUUCGAUCUUAAAUAAAUUAAAAUUUCAUCUUAUUUACUAUAUUUAACUUACUAAGAUAGUGUCUUAAAUAUGCCGACAGACAGGUUCUAAAGUAAUACUAUAGAAAUCGAUUAAGGACUAACUUUGACUCUAUAUGGUAUGCAGAAUAAUGUCGGGUGGUUUUCGUUUUAUAUUCGUUACUGGUUUUUGUUUUUAUAUUUUUAUAAUGAUGAUAUUUAUUUUCCUCUAGGUUAACCAACAAAUACAUAAAAUAUGUAUUAAUUAAAGUAAGACUUCUCAAAAGGAGAGUUAAUUCUUGUCAGUAAAUGUUAUAAUCAGGGUAUGUCAUUCAAUCAUUAAAUUCAAAAAUUUAACUAUUUAUACAGUAAAUUCGCGUUUCAUUAUUAAACAUUCACAAACUGGUUUCAGUGAACUUAUAUAUUUUUGAAGCUUAUACAUAUAAUGAUUGAAAUGUCAUUAUAGGGAAAACGCUUCAUUAAUGUUCAAGUUUUAAUUAAAGUAAUUAGCUCAACAUUUAAUAUUUUCUAUAUAAGCUCAGUUGGCGUUUCAUAAGUGAGAAGAGAGUAUACAGUGUUCAUUUAAACGUACGAACGUAAAAGUUGAAAGAUGGUAUUGGUUUAUAUCAAAUAGAUCGUGUGAUCAUAAAAUUGUAUAAAAAUAAAGCGCUAUCUUAAAAUAAUUUCUUAUCGAUUUUAUAGAUAAAUAUUUCACAUUAUCUGCCUUACUCGCUUAUACAUUUUAUUUCAUACAAAAUAUCGUAAACCUGGUUGGUAACCUUAGGGUUCAAGAUGAUUCAAAGACUAUAGUGGUAGUUUUCCUAUUACAGAGCAUAAUGCGACUCAGUGGCGCACAAUGCCGGAUUAUGCUGAUGCUUAAUUGGAACGUGAAUUAGUUUUCAAAUGCACCAGCAGAGUGCGCUAAGUACAGUGUUGAAAAAAAAAAUGGAUGCGUGUUACUUAUGUACGCGCGUGAGAAGUUAUACUUCUUUAGCAUCAUUAAAAAUAUUUUUUAAUUGCAUGCAAAUAAUUAAUAAUUACAAUAAAAUAAUAAAAGGACUGGAAAAGGAUAGUUAACACAGUCAAUUAAGUUCAGUUUUAAUUUGAAAAAUUAAAUAAAUAUUCAAAAUAUUCAAUUAAAAUCACUACUGAAUUUAAGUUAUUAGUCCAUAUGUAAUUAGCACUUGUAAGUAACUAAAACACGUUGUGUCUAUAUAGAAACUAGAAACAUGUGAAUAAAUAUUAUAAAUAUGAAAACAGUGAUCAGAGGCGACGAGCGUGCCAACAUUGUUUUUGACAACGCGAUCAUCUUAUGGAGCUCCGUGGAUCGUUCAAAGUACCUUUCGAACAGAUGUCUUAUAUUAUUAUUUUAGACACUAACAUUCAUAACGCGCCCGCGGCCAACUUCAUGGUGUUACUAUUGUGUUACAGUGAUGCGCGCGCAUCUCGAAAUUUCACUCACAUGAUUUUUUCAUAACGCGCCCGCGGCCAACUUCAUGCUGUUACUUUUGGGUUACAGUGAUGCGCGCGCAUCU